AAAAAGAUUGGAUCUUAACGAUAAAGAACUUGUAUAAAUAGUCGAAAGUCCUGGAAACUAAGUGAGAGAAGCUCAACUCGAACGAAUUUUCAAUCGAAUUUCUACAACUUUUGUUUUGGGAUAACAGAAAAUGAGGAGGGUUCUUAUAAUUGCAAUUUUAUCUUCUAUGAUGAUCAUGGCAUUAGGAGAGACAGCUUGCCAGAGAUCUCGAGCAAGAGAAUUAGAGAAAGAAAAACCCUUUGUAAUUCACGAGUGUGACGAAGAAGGAAAUUAUAUGCCACUUCAACAAACGGUAGGCACACCUCAUUGGAGAUGGUGUUUUGAUAAAGAUGGUGACGUAGUAUUAGGACCUUCCACAAAAAUUGAAGUUUGCCACUGUCCUUUAGCGAAAUACAAUGCCAUGCAAUCAGGUGAGGAUUAUGUGCCUACCUGCGACGGAAGUGGGUAUUAUCUUCCUAUUCAAGACCACAAUUCAAUGCGUUGGUGCGUGGACAGAAAUACAGGCGUAAGAAUUGGCUCUGUUGUUUCAGAAGCAGAAGGAAGGAAUUUAAACUGUGAUUAAAUUACUCGAGUUUUGAUAAUAUCGUA